UGUGUGUGCGGGCGCUGGAUGUGACGGUGGCCCAGAGCAGUAUCCAGGUGGCCCGCGGCCAAGCAGCAGUCCUGCCCUGCUCGUUCACCACCAGCGCUGCCCUCAACAACCUCAACAUCAUCUGGAUGGUUACACCACUGUCCAAUGCCAACCAGCCAGAACAGGUGAUCAUUUACCAGGGCGGCCAGGUGUUCAGCCUCGCCAACCACCUCAUUGGGCGUGUGGGCUUCUCGGCCACCAUGCCAAGUACAAGUGCCUCGAUCUUCAUCAACAACACCCAGCUGUCGGACACUGGGACCUACCAGUGCCUGGUCAACAACCUCCCAGACAGAGGGGGGCGCAACAUCGGCGUCAUUGGGCUCACUGUUUUGGUGCCACCCUCGGUGCCAGCAUGUCGUAUCCAGGGCACUCUGGAUGUAGGCAACGACAUCAUGCUGAUGUGCAGCUCCGAGGAAGGUAUUCCCACGCCGUCCUACUCCUGGGAGAAGCUGGACGCGCUGCCCAAGCUGCCGCACAACGCCAUGCAAGACCAGAUGCAGGGCUCUGUAACACUGAGAAACAUCAGCACCAGCACCUCAGGACUCUACCAGUGUACAUCCAGCAAUGCUAUUGGCAAGAGCACGUGUCUGCUCAACCUGCAGGUCAUAGCGCCCCAGCCUCAGAGUGUUGGCCUGAUAGCAGGCACCAUCGCUACAGGAGUGCUAGCUCUCAUCAUCUGUGGCCUGUUAGUGGCGGUCACGCUUUUCUACUGGAAGAAUAAGAACAAAUAUGACGAGGAGGAGAUCCCAAAUGAGAUCAGAGAAGAUGACCUUCCUCCCAAGAGGUCAUCAUCAGCGAAGGCUUUCCAUGCAGACGCCUCCUCCUCAGAGAACGACACGCUGACGUCCACCAACACCUACAACAGCCGCUACUGGCACAACCCCAAACCCAACUACGACACCAACUCCUACACACGCUACAAUGGAGAUACUCGCCAGACCUUCUCCACUGCGGCUCACGGUGCACAUGCACACGGUCAGGCCCAGAACGCAGGACACAGCCAGAGUACAGUGGUCACAGCACCAGGCUCAGCUCCACUGUCCCGCCAUGCACCACCCAACACGACAACAUCGUUUGCCAAUGGCAGCCAUACGCUCCCCCCACCAAAAACUCUGGUGGUCACCACAAACUCUGCCCCAUCCCCUACCACCAUGGUGCGCAGCAACGGCUCUGUGAGUCUAAAACCGGUGGUGAUGUCCGCACACGGGCAGCACACACACUCCUACGCAGUGAGCCAGGCCACCCUGGAGCGGAUGGGGGCGGUGCCUGUCAUGGUGCCCGCCCAGAACAGAGCAGGCUCGCUGGUGUAACAUCUUAGCUUAACUGCUUUGAAAACAAGACUAAAUGAGCAUUUGGUUUGUGAGAUCUUACAUCCACUGAUGAAAAACAGACAGAAUAUGGGCAAAAGCAGCCCGCUGCCCUUUACAAUGUUGUCUUUUCUGUAUGUCUCGACAUCUGUUUCUCAAACCAAGCUGGGAUUUUACAGUCCAGAGUUCAGUUAAUGCCAAUUCUUUGUUGGACGGGACGCUUUCUUUUGUAGUAAAGCGCUACAUGGGAUCUGAUCACCCCGUCAUUUAAUGGAUUUUAUCUGCAGGUGUGGCGGGAACUAUUUUUCAACCACUUGGAUUCUUUCACAAAGCUGGAGUGGAAUUUCCUGCAGAACUUGGAUUCCCAGAUCCUUUUCAGGGUUGGAUCAUUGGGAUGAUUAUGUUUUCGUUUAGACUCAAAGCAACAAAAGGCAUUUUCAUCUCAGUGUGUCCAUACUGCAUGGUCAGACAGAAGCGAGCUCGGAUUCCCACUUAAUGCAUGUGUCUCUUGUUUCGGGAUAAACAAUGAAGUCUAUAUUAUUUCAAUUGAGAGAAAUAUUUGUGAUGAUGGGGAUUGCUGUAUGCAUUGAACGUGAAUGUUUUCAAAUCUGUCGGGACAAACGUAAAGGAUAAAAAUAUAACAUGAAAUAAUGUUGGGGAGAAUGGCCUUAGAAGCUUAGGGAGAUGGGUUUUAUUGGGUGCCAUACAUACACAAUUCAUUGAAUGCAAACAUUUUAAUUACAUUUACGCACUUUUCAGAACAACUUUAUAUCAAAACUUCUGUCUUAUGAACAAUAACUCAGUCUUACUAAUGCUAUGCUUUAAAUCAUACAACAUAUAUCACAACUUACAUGCACAUACAACAUGCUGGUGAUGUUUGAAGAUGGCACAAACACUGGAUGUGUACAACGGAAAGCUACUGUCCCCCUGAUCUAACAUCAAACCUGCAGAAGGAUAAUUGUCAUAGUUUAUGUUCAUUCUCGCUCUUGUCCUAAACUGGUUCAUGUCACAUCAGUGCUGCUUGGAGAAGAUUAGAGGAUGUCUUACUUCAUAAAUGCUUUAUAAAGAGACAGAUAUAUAUAUUUAAAGGUGAUUGUCCCCCCCUUCCCCCCCCCCUCUUGACAAAGGCUAACACUUUUUGUUUUCUACUGUACAUAUUGUAACUACAACAGUAGGCUAGAUUGUGAAUCAAAGAAAAUACAUUCAUGUCUGACUUAUACAUAUACAUCUGCAACUCAUGUGUCUUAACUUUGAAAUAAUAGUUUUUUGUUAAAUUAGGCAACAAUUGGGAUUUCAUGAUAAGUGUUAUGGUUGCAAUGAAGGGAUGUUUUUUUAUAAUUUUUUUUAACGAGGUAUUGCCAUUUCAUUACAAGACCCGAGUUGAAUACAGUUUGGGUUGACACAUAUGGCCAUACAUUUUGCUAUACAUAGAAGACACCUAUACUGUAGAUGGUAGAAAGUAGCACUGCGUUUUUGACCUGCUGUUUUUAUUUUAACCAAAACUCAACCAACUGUUACAGUGUUCCCAAAUUCUUAAUCCUAAUUCUUAUUGUGCAUUACCUUAAUGCACGAUACUCGCUUUGAGCUAUGAUGCAGUAAUUAUUUGUUUGUACAUGCAGUAUUGGAAAGUGUGUUUUAUUCUUCAAAGCAAUUCCUCUUUGCGUCUUUAAUUAAUUAAAUCUGCUGUAUUGACAUUUAUAUUGAGACAACACAAGGUGCUAAUAUAAUUUACAAAAGUGCUCCAGCUUUAACAAAUAUAAUCCCUUGAUUAAUGGUGGAGACAUGUUUCUUUUUUAAUUUAUAUUAUUUAGUCCAGAUGACUUUAAUGUCAUGUUUGUGCCCUUUCUAUAUGAGUUAUAGUACACUAACAUUCAGUUAAUUAAACUGGAAACUAAAUUAAACUUGAUUUGGAAGCCUAAAUGAACAAAAUGUUCUUUAUUCCCAACACAUGUUUGGUUAAUUUGAGCAAUACAUACUAACCAGGUGUUAUGGAGUCACAACAUGGACCUUCUGAGUAUCAGUUGACACUCAGUUUUCAUCACAAUUUCUUGUCCGUGAUGUCGGCCUGCCAUCAACAGCAACCUGAAGCAAAUGGAACCCUGAACUUCUCCUGUUUUAUUUCCCCCAUAGUCAUGAUAUACAUGGCUCGAUGUCUGAUAUCUGCAUUAUUUGUAUUCAUCCACUAUUCUAUCAGUUGCUACAAUGUGCACCAGCCUCACAAAUCACACAUGUAUUCUUUUUUCUUCCAUUUGACCCCGGUCUGACCACAGCUAUACACCUGCUGCUCAGUGUUCUUACAGACACAUUUAUCCAAAGUGUUUUUUCUUUCUUGUUAUGUCUUAAGGCUGUCUGCUGUGUGUCAGAGCUACAAUACUUUAAUCAGUCUGGAACACACUUACACACAUACAUUGCUUUAUAAAUACAGUAAGGCUUUAACAGGUAAAAUGAUAAAAGGUCAGGUAUCACCUCCCCUCCUUUUUGUCUGAGUGAUUUCAGAAUAAAAUAUCCUGUCUGUGUAUCUUUCACUCGCCAUCUCUCCUAGUGUCCUUCCCCUGACAACUUUAAAGAAACAACUCUUCUUCUAAAAUCUCUGGCUUUGUUCUUACCAGAGAAAAUGUCUGGCUGGAAAAACAAAACUGAGAUUAUUUUAUUCUAACUCUGUCCUCCGUUUGCAGGAACAAUGGAGGAAAGAGAGCACAAUCAGUAGGAAACUACUGAGGCUUUAACCCAGACUAAAACAACAUCUCAUCUUCUACCUUGGCUUUAGGAAGGCACGCGGUACACAAGGUGGCACAUGGGUUGUGUACAUAGAUAAAUAAUGACAUGUGAUAUAUUGCCAAUAGUAAAACAAACCUGUAAAUAUGUAUACAAAAUACAUCUUGUCCUUACUGUUGGGUUGACAUGAAAUAGGAAAAAUAACACUGGAACCUGUAGUGAAUAAAUAUUGUUAAUACAUUCUAA